UUUAUCUAUUUAGCAAAUGAAUACAAAAAUACAUUAUAAAAUAGAAACAAUAGCAUUUCCUUAUAAUUGCAAACAGGCUUUGUGGACACCUCUCAAAAUCACCAUGUACUCUGCAUUUGUGUAAAUAUAAUUCUCCCUGGGCACUAUCAGAAAUAUGGUAGUUUCUGAAUAUUUUAUAGUAGUUCAUUUCUUUAUUACUAUUUGUAGUAACUACACACAAGAUUGCAUUAUUCCGAGCUAUUAGUUGAGAGAACCCUUUCCAAAGGAAAAGGUUGACAUGUUAGACCCAAAGCUGCUGGUGGCAGCAGUGAGCCAACUAUAGCAAGUUCGCCAUUGAAGAAGAAGAAGAAGAAGAAGAAGAGCGAGGACGCAUGCGCACUGCGCUGACCUUCCGUGCUGCCAGCAAACAUGGGGCCUCGUACAUUAACGAGAGGUCUGUGGGGGCUUCUACGUCAUCAUAAUCGUCAUUAUUCCACGGCAGCAUCCAUCAAAUCGCCACCUCAGCAAAGCGACCAAGUUUCGGAGGAGAUGAUGAAGCGUCCUCUGGAGAAGCCGGACUUUUUCCAUGUCUCCGAGCUUUUCGCGGUCAAAGACUUGUUUGAUGCCAGAGUGCACCUUGGCCACAAGAAAGGAUGCAGACACAGGCUAAUGGUUCCUUACCUGUACGGUUGCCGCUUGGACCAGGACAUACUGGACCUGGACCAGACGGCGGAGCACCUGCGCCUGGCCCUCAACUUCACGGCGCACGUGGCGUACCGCGGCGGCGUGAUCCUCUUCGUCAGCCGCCGCCGCCAGUUCGGCCACCUGGUGGAGAGCACGGCGCGCGAGUGCGGCGAGUACGCCCACACGCGCUACUGGCAGGGCGGCCUGCUCACCAACGCUCACGUGCAGUACGGCGCCGGCGUGCGCCUGCCCGACCUCCUGAUCUUCCUGAGCACGCUCAACAACGUGUUCCGCUCACACGUGGGACUGCGCGACGCCGCCAAGAUGAACAUCCCCACGGUGGGCGUGGUGGACUCCAACUGCAACCCCAGCCUGGUCACGUACCCGGUGCCCGGCAACGACGACACGCCCGUCGCCGUGGAGCUCUACUGCCGCCUCUUCAAGAUGGCCGUCCGGCGCGGUAAGGACACGAGGAAACAGAUGGAGCUGCUCUACGGCCUGACAGCGCCCCCCUCAGCCGACCCGUGACCCCCGGUUAUUUAUUUAUGGUUCAAUAAAAGACACUCAUCAUCAUUCAUGUUUUAUUUUCAUUGUACGUUUAAUACUGAUUAUUAAAAACUAAGUGCAUUUGUUCA